AUGGCCGCCGAGGAGGAGUACAAACGUCUGAGUGAGGCUCUGGCAGAUGAAGGCACCUACACAGCAGUGGCCUUCAAAUACAGCGCUGACUACUACGACCCCUCUCAGCCCACCGAGGAGGAGGAGGCUAACAGAGAAGCCGAAGAGGCGGAGGCUGAGGAGAGUGAGGAGCCGUUCGUCGCUCCCCCAGGGCUCACUAUCCCCCCCGAUGUAGAGCUGCCUGCAACCAUCAAGACCCAUAACAUCAUCGAGAGGACGGCCAACUUUGUAUCUCAGCAGGGGGCUCAGUUUGAAAUAGUCCUGAAGGCCAAGCAGUCUGGCAACUCCCAGUUUGACUUUCUCCGCUUCGACCAUUACCUCAACCCGUAUUACAGACUCAUCCUGCGGGCCAUGAAGGAAGGCCGAUACAACUUCCCCUCCAAGAAGCAGGAGCAGUCGCAGGAUUCCAACUCUGAUUCAGAUGAUGAUGGGGAUGGCAGUUACCUCCAUCCCAGCCUGUUCGCCCCUAAAAGGUGCUCUCGCCUGGAGGAGCUUGUGAAGCCUCUACAUGUAAUGGACCCCGACCAUCCUCUGGCAGAACUUGUCAGAAAAACCCGACUGGAAAGGAAUGGCGUGGUACCGGUGGUACCGGUGGUUGAGACCAAACCAGAGGAAGUGCCAGAACCAGUUGCUCCCAGCGCACCAGCGCAGUACACUGCUGACCCAAUGUACUAUGGGUACUACAUGCUCCCCGACGGAACGUUCUGCCUGGCCCCGCCUCCCCCGGGUAUAGAUGCCAGCUCCUACUAUAACAGUAUACCCUCAGCUGUCAUGGCUCCCCCUAUGUCUUCGGAGGCUUUGCCUAAUCUGGGAACUACCCCCACGCCUCCUGAAAGUGUCGCAAUGGCACCACCUGCUACAGCCCCCUCUCAGGUCCCCAGCUCUGCUGCUGUUGUACCAGAAAUCAGUUCUAAACCUGAAGCUCAAGUUUCCACACCAGCGCCACAAGCCAUCAUCCCCCCACCACCCGACUCCCAGCCAGUCAUAGACAAGCUGGCCGAGUACGUGGCUAGGAACGGUGUUAAGUUCGAGGCUGGUGUCCGUGCCAAGAAUGAUCCACGGUUUGACUUUCUGCAGCCUUGGAAUCAGUACAACCCCUAUUACGAGUUUAAGAAGAAUUACUUCAUGCAGAGGGAAGGAAGAAGCGCUCCAGAGAGUAGAGGCAGCAGAUGAGGACGAGGAUAAGUCGGACACCCAGGAUUCCAAGCUGACAAAAGCCUCCUUUGCCCCAAUCUGUUUUGCCAUCAGAGCAAAGGAGAAUGACAUGCUGCCGCUGGAGAAGAACAGAGUCCGGUUGGACGAC